AUGAACCCCAGCGCGAAUAGGGAACACAUCAUCUCCAUUCAGUCCCAUGUUCUUGAUGGGUUCUGCGGAAACAACAUCGCUUCCUUCGUGUUGCGGAGGAGGGGGCACGCCCCAAAAAUUUUCAACACGGUUCAAUACUACUCCAAGUAUAAGCACGUGGGGGUUGAAAUGAAGCAAGAAGAAAUGCAAACCAUUUUGGACGCACUGAAGGGGGAUCUAGUCGCCACAAGAAGUGGUAACAACGGAAGUGGCGUGUACUUCCUCACCGGCUAUAUAAAAACGAAGGAGUGCGUGGAAGCGGUGAUGAGCCACAUCUGGGACCUGAAAAAUCAGCACAAUGAAAAGAGGAACACGCAGUUGAAUGGUCAUUUGGAUGCAACCCUGGAAAUAGAAGAAAAAAUGAACGGCGAUGCUGCUAAAUGGCAUAACGGUAACUCCUGUGCAGAUGAUUCCUCCUUGGAAAAACUACUCAGCGUAGACUUCCUCUGGAUUUGCGAUCCAGUAAUGGGAGACAACGGCAAGCUGUACGUCGAUAAGGAUGUCAUCCUUGCCUACAAAAAGUGCAUUCCCUUUGUAGAUAUCAUGACCCCGAACCAGUUCGAGUUAGAGUUACUAUGUGACUGGAAAAUAAAAAAUGAGAACGACGUAACCACAUGUAUUCGUUUUCUACUAAACAGAGGAGUCAAAUUAAUCAUCGUAACUUCUGUUCAGUACCUGUCCGAUAAGGACCACCUGUAUUCAUAUGUUGGCUACCUAAACAGUCAGGGAGAGCUAGUCGCCUUUAAAUAUAAAAUAAUUAGGUUCGAUUUUAACGCGUGUGGCUCUGGCGAUUUGUUUGCAGCCCUGCUGCUCUCCUUCGUCAUUAGGCACCGUGGAAAUGUCCUGCUGAUUGUUUCGAAGGUUUUGAACAUUGUACAUAAUGUGAUAAAGAACAGCCUAACCUCGGGGGAACUGAACAUAAUAGAGAACCAAGAUAUAAUCGCCAGCGACGGAUUCUGUGGCAACUUCAUUAAAGCGGAGCCCGUUUGUGCAGCCCAUCCCACACCCUAA